AUGAGAGAUCAGCCCAUCAUCAGCAUCGAAAAUUACACCAUCUACUGCGGCGAUGCUAAUGAGAACAAAGUAGGUGGCUGCGCGAUAGCUGUGAGGAACGAUUGCAAGAACCUGGUGGAAGAAUUCGGCUCAACGUCGUCUAGAUGCGCCUUUGUACGACUCCUUGAUGGCAGAGAACGUAAACUCUGGAUCGUAGGUGCCCACGAACUUACGGAAACCGCUGAGGACAACAGUUAG